AUGGAAAGACCACCAUUACCCUUCAAAGUAAAAGCCAUAUAUUCUUGGUCAGGGGAACAAAGAAAUGAUCUAGGUUUUUUAGAAGGUGAUAUUAUCGAAGUUACCAAGGCAAAAGGUCAUUGGUAUUAUGGCAAAUUAUUAAGAAAUAAAAAAACAGGUUCAUUUCCGGCAAAUUAUGUAACGGUUAUUCAGGAGAAAAUCAAUGAACAUUUAAAGUCAUCUUCUAAGAAUAAGCUUACUACUUCAAAAAUGAAAUGUAGUUCCUCAUUAAAUAACUUGGCCAAACUAAAAGCCACUGGAUCUACUUCUUCAUCAUUAAUUUCUUCGUCUUCCUCAUCCCCCGCAUUCAUAGAUAAUAUCAAUAAUAAACCAUUACCAAGAAUUAGCCCGACAAAUUCAGGUGGUAGACAACAAAAAAUUAAUAAUAAUAUUAGUUGUGGUAGUAAUAGUAGAGUGAAUGGUUUCCCUAUUUCCAGAUCUUCACCCAAUGUCAACAGAUACACAUAUGAAAAUGAUGUUUCUUCAUCGUCUUCAUCUCCAAGGAAAAGCCCAAACAAAUCAACCUCUUCACCAAUGUUCCCUCAACAGGUUCAUCAUCAACAAAGGACAAUGCUUUACAGCAAUAGUAGUUCGUCAAGCAUUGAUAACAACAGCAUUUUAGAUAUUAGAAGUAAACACUUACCCUCACUGCCUUUAUCUAAAUCCCACAAUGAUAUGAUGCACAAUAGUGACACCACUGCUAAUCAUAUUAAUAGCAACAGCAAUGGCGGCAAGCGUGCAGACGAUUACGACCAUUCUUACUCCCUGGAGGAUGACUACUAUGCUGACAAAUUGUCAUUCACCAGAACAAAAUACUGGCAAAAUAGUGGGAAUGGGAGUAAAUACAAUAGUAAUCUGGGCAGCAAGGGCAAGAAUAGUUAUUAUUACGAUGAUUAUGAGGAUGAGUACGAUGGCAGUUUGUGUACAAUGAGCAAUUUUAGUGCUACAAGUGCCGGCAGUUUUGCAAGACAUAAGUUUGCCAAAUCAUUUACCGAUUCUAAAACAAAACAAGACCUGCCCCAUAUCAUAACCAAUUUCAAUAGUAGUAUAGGAAGUACCGGCAGCAUUAAUAAUGUCUCUGCAAGCAAUAAUCUGGGAAAUGCCUCACCUGGUAGUGGCAGUGGGAAAUUUAGCGGCUUGUUCAGAAAGAAAAGGUCGAAUAACAAAGGUAUCACGAGUAAUGGUAGCUAUAGUUUGCCUAAUACUCCCUUAGGAAAAUACCCGGACUUGCCAGAUAUCUCACAACUUAAUUUAUCAUCCUAUGGGGAAGAAGUAAAUGAUUGGGCCCAAGUAAAUCACCAGCUAAACAGAUCCAACACCUUGGGUGGUAAAGAAAAAUAUGAAAGAAAAAAAAGAUUUUUGGAAGAAGCAGAAGAAGAUACUGAUAUAAUUCUGGAGCCACAGCAAGUUUUUGUGCAAGGCUUAUAUACGAAUGAGGUGGCUUAUAGAAAGGGCAGACAAACUACCAAACCUGGCUUGGUUGAUUUAGAUUUACAAAACAUAGAUUUAGAUUAUAUCGAUAAAAAAACAAAAAAAAAAUGUGUUAAAGAUGGUAUGCAAUCAUUAGAGUCCUUUGUCUCUUCCACUUUUGGAUCUUCUGCUUUCAAAAAUAACUUGGAAAGGUUACGGGCCAUUUUCGUAUUUUGUACAGAAACUUUUCAAUUGGUUGAUGAUAAUGGGAACACAGAUUUUAGGAAACCACCCACUAAUUUCAAUUUGAUAAUACAUAGACAGUACUGCACACCAUACGAGCUAACUUGGCUUUUCAAAAAAUUAGCCAAUGCUGUUGCUGUGUAUUGUGAAAUUGUUAUUGGCUUUUUGAAAACCCCUAAUUGUAAUACUUUGGACUUUCAACUGAAUCAUUGUUGGUUAACCGUUUUGGUAAAUGAUGAAUGGAGAUUUGUUGACGUAAUAUUAGGCAAUGUUUCAAACCCGUUACACGAAUAUAUUAAUAAUAAGGAGGCUGCCAAGUGCGAAGAUUUUUAUUUUUUAACUGAACCAUUAAAAUUGAUUCAUACCCAUAUACCAUAUAGAUCAAAGGAUCAGCAUGUUGUGCCAGAAUUGGAUAAUAUUGUUCCGCUAUCUUUACCUACAGUAUUUCCAUCAUUUUUCACAAAUGAUUUAAAAAUAUAUAAAUACGAUAAUAGUUUGUCGUUAUUGAGAGAUUCAGAAGUUUAUGAACUCUCUCUUUUCCUUCCAGUUGAUAUAGAAAUAUUUGCUAGUGUUGUGGUAGAAGACGAACAAGCUGAUGCUACUAGAAUGACAACUGGUACAAGUGUUAGCGAUUUGUGUCUGGUGCAAGUUAAGUGGAAUAAGAACAGAAGGAUAGCCAUAAUAAAGGCUGUUCUACCGCCAGCAGUCGUCAUGGGCAAUUUACACAUACAUUCCGGUCCUAAAGGUUUACAAACCACUUUAGCAAAUAUACAUCCACUGUCUAUGAUAAUUCCCUUGAAGCAUUCCGGCGAAUAUUGCAAACACUAUGAAUUUGUAAGACUAUUGCCUUCCAUCACUGCGUGCAGCGUUGAUUUAUACGUUAAGAAACCUCAAAAUAAAUUUUUGUUUCAGGAUUACGAAUACAAUUUACAAACUAUUGUACAACCUUCAGAUGGCCUUGUUUAUGAGUCAAGCUGUGCACAUGAAAAGAAUAAGAAAAAAACUGAAAUUGCCAUACAAUCGCCUUCAGGGAAAAUCUAUAAAUAUAAAAAAAAUGAUCCUAAUUUUGAAUUUGGAACUUGGGAAUUAGAUUUAAAAAUGCAUGAAUAUGGUAUUUGGACCGGUUUGGUAUCUAAUGAUAGUGGUGUUGGUUGGUGUGCAUAUGCGGAAUGGACAUGUUCUUGA